UUCCCCUUUACAUUCUUGUUACAUGUAUUGUUGCUUCGGCUAUUGCAUUUCAUUCUAGGGUUACAUUCACUUUAGAGAAUUUAGAAAACCCUAGGAUUAAGUGUUUGUAUCAUUCAAGAAUUGAAAAAGGAAAGCUAAAAUUUGUUAGUCUCCUAUUCACCCCCCCCCCCCCCCCCGCUCUAGUCGACCAUACCGAUCUUUCAGAGAUGCUACUCACGGGUUCGUAUCGGCCUAAGUAUGAGAACACUCGUUUGGGCAUGGUGACGGUGGAGGGGUCAGUUUGUCUGUUCCUCAGCUUGUUUUCCUGCUUUGGUUGUUUGUCCCGUCUGAUAAUUUUGAGUGGGAGGUGAGUUCGUCCGAGGAUAAUGUAUUCAAGGUGCAAUUUCCUUCCAAGCUUGAGUUGCAGCGGAUGAUCAGAUUUGGCAAGUUUAAUGUUCCUACGAGUGAAUGUAGGAUCACUUUUGACGAGUGGUCUCCUAAGGUGAAUCCUAAUUGGCUCCUUCAAGAUGUGUGGGUGCGUAUUGCUGGUAUUCCCCCAGCUGUGAAGGAGGACUUCUUAGCUCUCUGGGGUCUGGGUUCUUUGCUUGGUAAGACCAAGGAGGUUGACAUGGCAUAUACACGUCAGCACGGGGUUUUGCGUAUUUUCAUUGGGUGUGUUGACUACACCUGUAUCCUUGAGCGAAAGGACGUGUUCAUUAAGGAUGGACUCUACAGGCUUACUUUCCAGGUGGAAGGACCACCAAGGGAGGAGGAGCAUGCUGAUGAAAUUAUGCAUGAUGCUAAUGAGGGUGACGACGAGGGGGAUAAGAAGAAGGAUGCUUCUGAGAAGUUCGAUCUGGAGGAUCGUAGUGGUAAGCGGACCAAGAAUGUGGAUGGCGGCACUUCUACUUCUUCGUCGGUUGGAGGGAGUGGAGGUGCAGCAGCACCCACUUCGGCUGCUCCGACUGAUGAGGCCGAUAUGGUGAUGAUUCAUAUUGGCUCUACGGAGACACCGGUUUUGGCUGCGUCUGCUAGGUGUGGGGCUGCUAGGGUGGAGCUUGGUUCUGUGGUCGUUGUGGAGGUGCGAACUGGGCACGCACUUGAGGCGACGAUGAUCCAUUCUGAGGGGGAGCGGUUGGCUUCUUUGCCGUCCUCACAGCUGGUGGUUGGGGGGUCACGGCUUUGCCCGUCGCCGUCGUCGUUGCUGGCCGCCUCUCCGACCCGUAUGCUGGGAGGGCGUCGUUCUCCGCUCCAACCCGUGUGCCGGGAGGGCAUGCGGUGGCGGUGAGUCCGCCGGCAUCGUUCUCCGCUCCGACCCGUGUUCGAGGAGGGUGCGCGGGGGCGGCGUGCUCGCCGGCGCUGUCUUCCGCUCCGACCCGUGUGCCGGGUGGGCGCGUGGGGGCGGUGAGCUUGCCGGCGCGGUCUUCCUCUCCGACCCGUGUGCCAGGAGGGCGCGCGGGGGCGGGGAGCUCGCCGGCGCGGCCUGCCUCUCCGACUCGUGUGCCAGGAGGGCGCGCGGGGGCGGUGAGCUCGCCGGUGCGGUCUGCUUCUCCGAUCCGUGAGCCAGGAGGGCGCGCGGGGGCGGGGAGCUCGCCGGCGCUGCCUGCCUCUCCGACUCGUGUGCCAGGAGGGCGCGUGGGGGCGGUGAGCUUGCCGGCAUGGUCUGCCUCUCAGACCCGGGUGCCAGGAGGGCGCGCGGGGGCGGGGAGCUUGCCGGUGCUGCCUGCCUCUCCGACCUGUGUGCCAGGAGGGCGCGCGGGGGCGGUGAGCUCGCCGGCACGGUCUGCCUCUCCGAACUGUGUGCCAGGAGGGCGCGCAGGGGCGGAGCGCUCGCCGGAGCGGUUUUCUUCUCCAGCCCGUGUGCCAGGAGGGCGUACGGGGGCGGAGACCUCGUCGGUGAGCCUGGAGGAUGUCAUUGCUUUUGGUAGGAUCCCGGAGCCCACGCAGUGCGCGGCCUCAAGCUCAACCAAAUGCGGAUGACACGUAGUUGGAACGUGCGAUGCGGCUGGCGCAGAUUCGUGAUGGCAAGCAGGCAUCAGGAAACUCCUGAACAAGGAAUGGAAGUCUGUUGAGGACCGCUUUGAGAAAAAAUUGGAAUGUUGGCAAGGCAAGUUACUCUCAUUUGGAGAUCGUCUUGUGCUUAUUAAUUUUGUUCUCACAAGUGUGCCAAUGUUUAUGUUGUCCUUCCUUGAAAUACCUAAAGGGGUACGGAAGCGUCUUGAUUUUUAUAGAUCUGGUUUUUUUUGGCAAAGUGAUGAACAUAAACGAAAGUAUCGUUUAACAAUGUGGAAUAUUAUCUGUCGUCCUAAAGAACAAGGGGGGUUGGGGAUUGAGCUUUUGGAUACUAGAAAGUGUGUUUACUUAGCAAAUGGCUGUUUAAGCUUCUUAAUGAGGAGGGUAUGUGGCAACAGUUGUUACUUAAUAAAUACCUUCAUUCUAAAACUCUUUCUCAAGUUCAGGCUAUGGCCGCUGACUCCCCUUUCUGGAAAGGACUUAUGCGAGUUAAGACGGCUUUUUCAAUCGUGGUUCUUUUAUUGUUGGGAAUGGAAUGAGCACUCGGUUCUGGGAAGAUACUUGGCUUGGUGAUAAACCUCUUGCCCAGCAAUAUCCAUCAUUAUAUAAUAUUGUGCAACGAAAAAGUGUUUUGGUUGCGACUAUACUGUCAUAUGUUCCUCUGAAUAUUGGAUUUAGACGUACACUGACAGGGGAUAAAUGGACAUCUUGUUUACAUUUAGUCCACCGUUUAAUGAUGGUUCGCCUUUCUGCUGAUCCUAAUUCUUUUUCUUGGAAACUUAAGACUAAUGGGGUUUUUACGGUUAAGUCUAUGUAUAGGGACUUAAUGGAUGGAAAUAUUGCUUUUCCUCAAAAAUAUUUAUGGAAGAUAAAAAUACCUCUGAAAAUCAAGAUUUUUAUGUGGUUUCUUUAUAGAAAAGUGCUGCUCACAAAGGACAAUCUUGCUAAGCGCAAUUGGGAUGGGUGUAAACAAUGCUGUUUUUGCGGAUUAGAGGAGACUAUCCAUCUGUUUAUAUCUUGUCCUUAUUCUCAUUUUCUGUGGCGAAUUGUUCAUGUUUCUUUUAAUUUGCCAUCUCCAACCAAUGUUACAAAUAUGUUUGGGAAUUGGUUGAAUUGUGUUGAUAAAAACUUAAAACUCAAAUUCAGGUGGGAGUUUCUGCUGUUUGUUGGGCUAUUUGGAAUGGCCGUAAUGACAUUGUUUUUAACAAGACUAGAGUGCU